CAAAGGAAAAAACUGUUGCACGCGUCCCCGUCGUCAGUUAGUACUGCAAACCACACAGAAAUGAUUGUGAUUUUUGCUUGACCGGACGGAAUUGUGCGCGGAGUGCGAAGCGAUGAAUUUAUUGGCCCCUUGGGCUGCUGCUGGCGAGACGGUUGGUGAAAGUGUACGGUUGUAGAGUUCAAAAUCCAGUCCAGUCCCUCAGCGCCACCAACUCAACGAUUGGCAAAGUGAUAUGGAAGUAUCUUCCUCAGGCUUCGAGUACGUCAUCCAGCGCCCGCCCCAGGCAAGGAUCUUCUUCGGUUCCGGCAUCGAGCGGGAAACGGUACCCCUGCGAGGUCCGGCCCUGAGUUCGCUGAUGCGCCGCCGUCAGCCGGAACUGCUGGGAGAGAAUCUUGCACCGGGAGCGCACAACAUCGGGUACGACCCGGGCACACCCGAGGACCAUCCGGCACUGCGAAAGCCCAUCAGCCGUAAAGGGUACGGGCCGCUCGUUGCCAACAGUGUGCGGUUUAACUUUGAGGAAGUGAGCAACAGCCCGGGCGUUGGGGAUUACGAGCUAGUGAAGAAGCAGUCGAAACCAAAGCAGAUGGCCAAACCGUUCGGGAGUGGAACGGACGAGCGUACCAAGGAUCGUUCGCUUGCCUAUCCAGGUGUUGGAACGUAUCUCUUCAAAACGCGCAAAGACAUCCGGAAUCAUUCGUUUGGUGGUACCAUCAAAAUUAUGCCCGCCGCAAGAACACUCUGCAAGACGGAAAACUUUGACCGGUGUUUGCGGUGCGACGAGCGGCCGGAAGUUGACUAUUGGAAGAAUCUAAGAACGGAGCGAUCGCUUUGCCGGCGCUGUAUGGUGCAGGAGCUUGAGGAUGCACGGUCCUGCUCGAAACACAAGUCCGAGCAAAAGAAACGGUUGGACGCACUGAACGAGUAUAAGCGUGUUCGUCACUGUGCGUACUAUCACCGGCACGAUAAGACCAGCGCAGCAAUCCAAUUCAUCAGCAACAAGCAGUUGAAGCGGAAGUUCCGGUUAGAAAAUUACCUUUCAAUGUUUGAGUGAAGGGCAGAAGGCGGUAAGCUAAUAAAUUAAGGUAGAGCAACAGUAUGAUAAGCUUUUCUUACAGGAAGUUAACAAACACGCUUGUUCUUUCACCUGCCUAAA